AUGAGUGCUCCAUUGGUAUUUGUUCUAAAAGGGGCUAAGCUGACAUGUGAGAGUCGUGAAGAUGAUCCAGAGUUCAACAGAUCCCACAAGGCAAUCCAACUAUUAAUGGAUUCUCCUCUGAACAAGUCGAGGAAAAUUCAUGUUUAUGUACAUACAACUAGUAAUGUACUUAUAGAGCUCAGCCAUCUUCUUGAAGUUCCUGAAAGCCCCAUUGAGUUCAGCGAUGUUAUGUCCUAUUUGCUUAGAAGACUAGUUGUCAAAUCAUCUGAUGGAGCUGUUCUAGCAAAGGUGAUAAAGAAUCCAAUAGAAAAACACCUUCCUCCAAACUCCACAAAGGUCGUUCUUUCUUCAAGAGGAUGCAGGAUGUCCCCUAAAGACUUUGAACCAUACAUUGAACGAGGACUUGUCUUCUUUAUCAAUAUUGGAAAGGUAGAGAAAAAAGAAGGAGAGGUCACCAUGAAGGUGUCGAACUUCAAGCUCUCGCCUGUAAGUUGUUGUACCAAACUAACAAAUAUGUUUGAGGACAUGCUGGGGGUUUUCUGA